GGAGCUGCCAAUCCAUCUAGCAUCACAAUUCCUUCUCAUAUCCUUUCCCGCCCAUUCUACCGCAAAGAUGCAGAGCCCAAGGGUUCAGAUAGAUAUCCACAAGCCCAAUUCAUGGGUCUACCACAAGCUCAGUCUGAACCUGCUCCCGCUUAUUCUCAAGGCGGGUAUCAGCAUCACCAGCCCCGAUCCCAAGGCGGAUCUCAGGCUACGUGUGUCCUCAGCAGGGGUGCAUCAUGGAGGAACGAUAAAGGUCAUUGUGGCUGGACUGCCACGAACUGGUACCAUGAGCAUGAAGAAAGCACUAGAAGAGCUUGGCUACAACAAUUGUUUCCAUCUUGCAGAGCCACUCUGUCAAUUCGAGAAUCUCAGAUUAAGUGCCGACAUUGUCCACACCAAGGACACAACAUUAAGAAGACGCAAGCUAGCAAAGCUCUUCCAUGGUCGCGAAGCUACACUCGAAGUUCCUGGAAGCGCUUGCUUGCCCGAUCUCUUGGAAAUGUACCCUGACGCUAAAGUGAUCCUCACCGAGCGCACCUCAGCCAAAGUCUGGCUCAACUCAUGGCAUGGCUUUGGCAUCGACCUGCGGUCUGAGUGCUUCCGCUGGAUCGGAUACUGGGUACCGGGCGUCGUCGCCGCCAACGACCUUUACCGAGGCUGGAUGCAACUAGCAUCUGAGCGAUAUAAUCUUCCUCCUGAGCCAUCUGUGGAACUAUAUCAUGCACACAGUGCCUGGGUGAAGAAGAUCGUGCCGAAAAACAGACUACUAGUCUUCAAGUGCCAGGAUGGUUGGGCACCGCUAUGCGAGUUCCUCGGACGACAAAGGCCGAAUCCGUUCCCGCAUGGCAAUGAGGCUGGCCAUCUAAGGUAUUACAAGCGGGUAGCAAUGGUACUUGGAAUCCUGCUAUGGCUAGUUGUUCUGGCCAUGGCGUUCUGUUUUCUGUUAUUGUUAAGCAUUGGCUAAAUGCGUGCUACAGGUGUUUUUUUUUUUUCUUUUGUCUUGGAAUUGGAAAAUCAUGGGUGUCGAGCGUUGGCAGGAUGUCUGUUUUUGUAUACCAUUACCAUGCAGUGGCUGUUAUGCCUUUUUUUUGUCGUAUUUCUUUCGUUGUUUAUAGAGAGCAUAUAUCUAGAGCGGCC